AUGCCUACGCCGACGAAGGUGUGCCCAGCAGUUUAUCACAAAAGUGAUGUUCAUGUCUGCUGUUGCCCUCCCCGCAACAACUUCCACAAGAAAGCAAUCUUCGACGGCAAGAUUGGGAUUUGGCCGUUCGUGGUGCAGCUGCCGGCCCAGAGGAACAGCAAGAAUAGGGCCAAGGGUACGAUGCUCACAGUGCCUCAAAGUGUGACGUCGGACGUCUACCGAGCGAUAAUUUUGGAGAACGUCGUGCCGGCAAUCAAGGCGAAAAUGCCAUGGCGCGAUCAGGCCGGGACAAUUGUUUUGCAUCAGGACAAUGCGAGCCCCCAAAACUGCGUCACGUCGAAAAUGCUUUAG